AUGAACAGCUACAAGAGCGGACCGCCUCCACACUCAAAUCAACAAGAGAACGAGUCGGUUACACAAUCAAUCAGAAGAUUUCCCAAGACUUUGGUAUGGUGCCUGGCUCUAACCUCGGGCAUUCUUCUUUAUGGAUAUGAUCUUGUCAUCGUGGGCAAUGUAUCAUCUAUGCCUGAGUUCCAGAAAGACUUUGGCCGUGAACUGGAUGGAAAGCUUAUAAUUCCAGCCCUCUGGCUAGGCCUCUGGAAUAUCGCAAACCCCAUUGGCGGCAUACUCGGUGCUCUUGCAGGAGGCUAUAUCCAGGACCGCACAGGGCGGCGCCGCUCGCUAGUAGUCGCAAGCAUCAUAUCUGCUGUCGGGGUAGCCAUAGCAUACGUAUCGAAUCUUUCCAACGACAUAACCGGUCGACGGUCCGUCUUCUUUACCGCGAAGCUGGUCCAGGGUUUCGCAGUCAAUAUGGUCAUGUGCACGACACAGACCUACAUGUCAGAAGUCCUCCCUCCCAUCUUACGCGGUCCAAUCCUCGCGUUCUUCCCUAUCUUCACCCUCCUAGGCCAGUUGAUAGGAAGCAUAGUCGUCUAUAUCUCACUGGGUAAACCUGGCUCCGACGGCUAUAAGCACUGCUUCAUCUCCGAAUGGGCCUUUUCUCUCCUACCACUAGCGGUCUCACUCUUAAUGCCAGAGAGCCCGGCAUAUUUGAUCCGCAAGAACAAUCUCGACGCAGCCCGGAAAAGCCAACAGCGACUCGUCUCUUCGUCAGAGGAUACAGAUACAGUCCUCGAACAAACCCGCCUCCCCAUCGAGCUAGAAGGCCAAACAAACGAAGGCUCCACCCCGGGAUACAUCGACUGCUUCAAGGGCCCGAACUGCCGGCGAACGGGGAUUGUCCUAUUCGCAAGCCUCCUUCCACAACUCUUCGGGUUAACCUUACUAGCAAAGGGCAGUUACUUCAUGCAAAUCGUCGGCAUGAAUGCGCGUAACAGCCUGGUCUUCCUCCAGGUGGGCAUCGGUUUAGGUCUCGCCGCCAACGUCGGGAGUAUGCUCACAGUAGCCAAAUUCGGGCGUCGUCCUCUCGUUAUUUUCGGGUUAACUGUUUGCAUCUUCCUCUGGACGGGAAUGGGUGUUGCUGGUUGUUUCUCUGGGACUGUCACAGUCUGGUACACCCAAAUAACCCUAAUGAUAAUAAUAACAACCGUAGGCCUAACAGCCUGGCCCGCCUCAUACGCCAUCGGCGCCGAAGUUUCCUCGCUCCAACUACGCGCCAAAUCACAGGGCCUGGGGUGGCUCGUCAACUGUCUCUCAAACGGGAUUCUGGGCCUGGUGCUACCUUAUAUCUUCAAUGACGAUGAGGGCGCGCUUGGUGCGAAGACGGGGUUUGUGUAUGCUGGGUUUUGUAUCGUAGCACUGGGUUUAGCCUGGAUGAUUGUUCCUGAGAUGAAGGAUAAGUCGGUCGUGGAGAUUGAUGAGAUGUUUGAGGAGCGUAGGGGUUGGGUUAGGGUAUAA